CACUCUUACAUCUUCACUCUUACAUCUUCACUCUCACACUCUCAUUCUUACCUUCUAUUUUCAACCACAAAAUAAACACUUUUUCCUCUCCUUCUAAUUUCAUCAUCAUAAAAUGGCUUCACAUAGCAGAGGAAGAGGUAGAAUGACUUCAACAAGUAGAGGAAGAGGUGAGGCCAAUGCAUCAUCAAUAUCACACCAUCAACCUCAACAAGAUAACAAUAACAACACUAACAACCUCAACAACAUCAACAACAACAGAGAUAGUAAUAAAAGAGAAUCAGUAUCAAUGAGAAAAGCCAUAGCACAGUACACAGAAGAUGCAAGACUCCAUGCCGUUUUCGAACAAUCCGGCGACUCUUUCGACUACGCACAAUCCAUUCGUGUCACGGCAGCUCCUGAAUCAGUUCCUGAGCAACAAAUCACUGCUUACUUAGCCAAAAUCCAACGCGGUGGUUUCAUUCAGCCUUUCGGUUCAAUGAUCGCCGUCGACGAAGAUUCUUUCCGCGUUCUUGCUUACUCUGAAAACGCACGUGACAUGCUCGGUAUCGCUCCUCAAUCGGUUCCUUCCAUGGAAGAUGAUUCUUCUUCCUCUUCGUUUUUCGCUUUGGGUGUUGAUGUUCGGUCUCUUUUUACUAAUUCGAGUUCUGUUCUUCUCGAGAAAGCUUUUGCAGCUCGGGAGAUUAGUUUAAUGAAUCCUAUUUGGAUCCACUCGAGAACUACUGGUAAGCCGUUUUAUGGAAUUCUUCAUAGGAUUGAUGUUGGUGUUGUUAUUGAUUUGGAGCCUGCAAGAUCUGAGGAUCCAGCGCUUUCGAUUGCUGGUGCUGUGCAAUCUCAGAAGCUUGCGGUUCGGGCGAUUUCGCAGCUUCAGGCGCUUCCUGGUGGGGAUGUUAAGGUUCUUUGUGAUGCUGUUGUGGAGAGUGUUAGGGAAUUGACUGGUUAUGAUAGGGUUAUGGUUUAUAAGUUUCAUGAGGAUGAGCAUGGUGAGGUUGUUGCUGAGAGUAAGAGGGUUGAUUUAGAGCCUUAUAUUGGUUUGCAUUAUCCUGCUACUGAUAUUCCUCAGGCUUCUAGGUUUUUGUUUAAGCAGAAUAGGGUUAGGAUGAUUGUGGAUUGUAAUGCUUCUCCUGUUAGGGUUUUUCAGGAUGAGGCGCUUGUUCAGCCGGUUUGUUUGGUUGGGAGUACGCUUCGCGCUCCUCAUGGUUGUCAUGCUCAGUACAUGGCAAAUAUGGGAUCAAUUGCUUCUUUGGCUAUGGCUGUUAUUAUUAAUGGGAAUGAUGAACACAGUGGUGGGAUUGGUGGUACUGGGUGUAGCUCGAUGAGGCUUUGGGGUCUUGUUGUUUGUCAUCAUACUUCUGCUAGGUGUAUUCCUUUUCCUCUUAGGUAUGCUUGUGAGUUUCUAAUGCAGGCUUUUGGGCUUCAGUUGAAUAUGGAGCUUCAGUUAGCCGUGCAGUCGUUGGAGAAACGGGUUUUGAAGACACAGACUCUGUUGUGUGAUAUGUUGCUUAGGGAUUCUCCUACUGGGAUUGUUACUCAGAGUCCUAGUAUUAUGGACUUGGUGAGGUGUGAUGGGGCUGCUUUGUAUUAUCAAGGAAACUACCACCCGUUGGGUGUUACCCCGACCGAGUCUCAGAUAAGGGAUAUCAUAGAUUGGUUGUUGGCCUUUCAUAGUGAUUCGACGGGGUUGAGUACUGAUAGUUUGGCUGAUGCUGGUUAUCCUGGGGCUGCUUCUCUUGGGGAUGCAGUUUGUGGGAUGGCAGUUGCGUAUAUCACUGAGAAAGACUUUCUUUUCUGGUUCAGAUCUCAUACGGCUAAAGAAAUUAAGUGGGGUGGUGCAAAGCAUCACCCGGAGGAUAAGGAUGAUGGGCAGAGAAUGCAUCCACGUUCUUCCUUCAAGGCCUUUUUAGAAGUGGUGAAGAGCCGUAGUAUGCAGUGGGAAAAUGCAGAAAUGGAUGCAAUUCACUCCCUGCAGCUUAUCCUGCGAGACUCGUUUAAGGAAGUUGAGAAUAAUGAUUCAAAGGCUGUUGUGCAUACCCAUAUGGCAGAACUAGAGUUGCAAGGGGUGGAUGAACUGAGUUCUGUGGCUAGAGAAAUGGUUAGGUUGAUAGAAACUGCCACUGCUCCCAUAUUUGCUGUUGACAUUGAUGGUCGCAUCAAUGGGUGGAAUGCUAAGGUUUCCGAAUUGACAGGACUUCUGGUAGAGGAGGCUAUGGGCAAGUCUUUGGUUCAUGAUCUUGUGUAUAAAGAGUCUCAAGAGGCUGUGGAUAAGCUUCUUUCUCAUGCAUUAAAAGGUGAAGAAGAUAAAAACGUUGAGAUAAAAAUGAAGACUUUUGGCCCGGGGAAUCAAAAUAAGGCAAUUUUUAUAGUGGUGAAUGCUUGCUCCAGCAAGGAUUAUACAAAUAAUAUAGUUGGAGUGUGCUUUGUUGGCCAGGAUGUUACUGGUCAAAAAGUUGUAAUGGACAAAUUCAUUAACAUACAAGGUGACUACAAGGCUAUUGUACAUAGUCCAAAUGCAUUGAUCCCUCCCAUUUUUGCUUCGGAUGACAACACAUGUUGCUUAGAGUGGAACAAUGCUAUGGAAAAGCUCAGCGGUUGGAGCCGUGCAGAUGUCAUUGGCAAAUUGUUGGUGGGAGAGGUUUUUGGUAGUUUCUGUCAAUUGAAGGGCUCAGAUGCUAUGACAAAAUUCAUGAUUGUUUUGCACAAUGCACUUGGUGGACAUGACACAGACAAAUUCCCACUGUCAUUUCUUGACAGACAUGGAAAGUAUGUGCAGACUUUCUUGACCGCAAAUAAGAGGGUUAACAUGGAUGGUCAGAUUAUUGGCGCUUUUUGCUUUUUACAAAUUGUGAGCCCUGAACUUCAACAGGCUUUGACAGUCCAGAAACAACAGGAUAGUAGUUCCUUUGCUAGAAUGAAAGAGUUAGCUUAUAUUUGUCAAGAAGUAAAGAAUCCCUUGAGUGGCAUACGCUUUACAAACUCUCUUUUGGAGUCUACAUGCCUGACUGAUGAGCAAAAGCAGCUUCUUGAGACUAGUGCUGCUUGUGAGAAGCAAAUGCUGAAGAUAAUACGGGACAUUGCUCUGGAAAGCAUCGAGGAUGGGUCCCUGGAGCUUGAUAAGCGAGAAUUCCUGCUUGAGAAUGUCAUAAACGCAGUUGUUAGCCAAGUAAUGCUAUUGCUAAGAGAUAGAAAGUUACAGUUAAUUCGUGAUAUUCCUGAAGAUAUCAAGGCAUUGGCUGUUUAUGGUGAUCAAUUGAGGAUUCAACAAGUCUUGGCUGAUUUCUUAAUGAAUGUGGUGCGCUAUGCCCCAUCUCCAGAUGGUUGGGUAGAGAUUCAUGUAUUUCCAAGAAUAAAACAAAUUUCGGAUGGACUCACUAUUCUGCAUGCUGAAUUUAGGAUGGUGUGUCCUGGUGAAGGUCUUCCACCUGAAUUGAUUCAAGACAUGUUCCAUAACAGUCGGUGGGUGACUCAAGAAGGCUUAGGACUGAGCAUGAGCAGAAAGAUUAUAAAGUUAAUGAAUGGUGAAGUUCAAUAUGUAAGGGAGGCAGAACGAUGCUACUUCUUAGUUCUUCUUGAACUACCUGUGACACGGAGAAGCUCUAAAACUGUUAAUUAGGCAUUUCGCAACUGUAAAAUUCAAGUCCAAGCUCUAUCACUCAUGUUGUUAACCAUUAGAUAGUUUGUUGUCAUAUACUCAGUUUGUGCUUAACUAACCGGAAGCUUAGGGUACAAGCAUUUGAACAAGCUGAUUCUGCUACUUAUCCUAGUUACAUGCAAUUCUACUAUCAAAUUAGAUUGCUGUUUUGCUCCCUGACAAAACUUGUUCAGUUGUACUUGUUCAGUUGUACAACAGGAGGAGCUAUUGAUUUGUAGCUAAAUGUAACCUAAAAUCUUGCUGAUAAUCUUAUGAGUGCAUCUUCAUGGCCAAGUGGGUGUCCUGCAACAAAUUUCAAGAAAAUGCUUGCAUCAUUAGCAGCUGCAUUGGACUCCACUCCAUGGUUAGAAUGAACCGUAGACGUCUUCUGCUGUACUCUGUAGUGAUAGUAUUAGUAACUGCUUAUGUAUUGUUUUUCCUAGUUAACAAAUAAUUGUAAAAUCUGUGUGUAGCAAGGUGUGGGUUCACUGCCUUAUUUAUAUUGCCAUUGCUGUACAUCCAUUCCUUAUCUGUAGUAAGAAGAGCUAUGUUAUCA